AUGUUAUGGAUAUCAGCACACGUCCAAAACUAUGCAGCAUUUUUUGUGCCAAUUCCAGACUGUGACGAAGUUUUUAACUACUGGGAUCCCGUUCACUUUUUAGUAUAUGGAAAAGGCCAAGAGCCAUGGGAAUACAGCCCUGACUAUGCAUUAAGAUCUUAUCUAUAUUUAUUACUACAUGCCUGGCCUGCUUAUAUUUUAAAACUUUUCGGACUAUCCGGCCUUCCUGUAUUUUAUACCCUCAGAACUCUAAUUGGAUUUUUUUCAGCAUACUGCAAGCACGUGCUAAUUAAAGAGCUCAACCUCCCAAAUACAUUUUAUUUCGCUAUGAUUUUAAGUACAGGAAUGGUGAUGGCUUCACACACCUUUAUUCCUUCAGCUUUUGUAAUGAACUUACUGAUGUUGGCUUUUACGUAUUUUCUUAAGUUUUACAAGACAAACAGCUAUUUUUAUUUAUUUUUAGCAUUAUUGUGCUGCUCUUUCUUUAUGAUUGUAGGCUGGCCGUUUGCGGCGGUAAUUCCUGCAGCUUUUGUGGUCCCUUAUCUGAUACAGUAUCCUAAGUUUUUGCUUGAUUAUAAACUUUAUGUAUUAGGAAUAGCUGCGGUGUUAUUUACUACAAUUCCGUCGGUUAUUAUUGAUACUUAUUUUUAUGGAAAACCUGUAUUUGGGAUCUGAAAUUUAUUUAAAUAUAAUACAAGUAUAGGCAGCAGCCUAGUAGGGUCUUCAGUGCUUUUUGGGGUGGAUCCUUGGUAUUUUUAUAUAGUGAACUUAUUUUUGAAUUUUAAUAUUGUGAGGUUUAUAUAGAUUUUUCUGUGUUUUUUGCUGUCUCCACUUUUACUGAUAUAUUCAUAUAUAGCAAAGAAAUUUGUGCCUUCUUUUAGAUUUUUAAUUGCGCUUUGUACGUGCUCUGUGGCAUGGUUUUUAUUACUUUCGUCUCAGCCUCAUAAAGAAGAGCGGUUUAUGUACCCAAUUUAUUCAGGAAUUAUCAUAUUAGGCUGCUAUGUGAUUAACUCAAUUCCUUACAAAUACCUGAAAUUCAUGAUUUUUGGGGUGUUUUUAUUAAUUAGUUUCAGCAGGACAGCUCAUUUGGUAAGGUCCUAUAACGCUCCUCUAAAAAUUUGGAGUGAAAAACUAGAUGGAAGAGUCUGUGUAGGCCGAGAAUGGUAUAGGUUUCCGUCGUCUUUUUUUUUAGGCUCAGCUGAUUUAUUUUAUAUUAAGCAUAGAGCGGCAGGGAUUCUUCCAGUGCAGUUUAAAAGCACAGAUUUUGUCCCAGAAAAUAUGAAUGAUCUUAAUAGAGAAGAGCCAAGCAGAUAUGUAGAUAUCAAUUCUUGUGACUAUAUCGUGGAUAUUAAUCUGGAAUCAGAUCCUAUAGAUAUUGAGUUUAGAAAUUGGGUAAAAUUUAUAUAGACUGUAAUACGCUCAGAAACUUUUUUAGAUAGUAAAUCUACUAAGCAGCCAUUUAGAAGUUUUUACCUUCCGUUUAUACAGAAAGAAGUGUUAGGCUCAUAUUUGUUGAUGAAAAACCCUAUAAUCAAUUAA